UUAAUUUAACUCAAUAGCUAGGUUAACCACAGUUAGUUAGAGAAGGUUUGUAUGUAGUGUUCCACCUCACUCUUUUUCGAAGUGUGAUACUGAUUCGCCAAAUACAGUUGAAUAGCGGUUCUUUCUAGUCAACCAUAUAUUUGCAUCUCUGGUUCUUUCUUCUUGCGGCUUCGUUCUCUUUCACUCUCUAUGUUUUCACUUCUCCAGAUCAAGCUUCUUCAUCCCUGAGCACUCUCUAACAAUGCCUAAACAAAGGUUGGAAGGCAAGGUGGCAAUAGUGACCGGAGGAGCAAGUGGAAUAGGAGCAGAAGCAGUGAGGGUAUUUGUGGAAAACGGUGCGUUUGUAGUUGUAGCAGAUGUUCAAGACGAGCUCGGUCACCUCCUUGCAAGUUCCAUUGGCUUGUUAGAGAAGGUGAGUUACUGCCACUGCGACAUUAGAGACGAGAAACAAGUUGAAGAAACCGUAGCUUUCGCAGUGGAGAAAUACGGAAGCCUAGACAUCAUGUUCAGCAACGCUGGAAUUGCAGGCUCUAUCUCUAACAUACUUGAUUUAGAUCUGAACGAUUUUGACAACGCCAUGGCUGUGAAUCUUCGCGGAGCAGCAGCGUGCAUCAAGCAUGCUGCACGUGUCAUGGUGGCAAGAAGGACACGUGGAUCCAUAAUAUGCACAGCAAGUGUGGCUGCUUCGGUUGGUAUUGGCGCAGCUGCUGGUGCUAGUUAUACCGCAUCCAAACACGGCCUUAUAGGACUUGUGCGUUCGGCGUGUGGUGAGCUUGGCGGUUAUGGGAUCAGAGUGAAUUCGGUUUCACCAUAUAUUGUGGCCACGCCUCUUGUGUGUAGAGCGCUGGAUGUGGAGGCAAGUGAAGUUGAAAGUGCUGGUGGUGUUGGUGCCAAUUUGCAGGGGAUUGUGUUGAAGCCAAUACAUGUUGCGGAAGCAGCUUUGUUUCUUGCUUCUGAUGAAUCUGCUUACAUUAGUGGACAUGAUUUGACCGUUGACGGAGGUUUCUUGGCCGUUAAUCGCGGUCUUGAACUCUCCCUAGCUAGCUUCAAAAACUAAAUGAUAUAUGAUUAUAUGGAGUACUGUGACACCAAUGAUUUUGUAUUUUACUAUUUUUAAAUUAUCAUGUAAUCUACCUCAUUUUAAUAAGGUGUUUACUUUAGUAUAAUAACUAAUUUAUACGAAGAGUUAUGCUAGGUGGACAUUAAAAUUAUUUAUUAAAAUUAAUUUUUAGUAUAAAAUAUAUGUUGAAAUACAAAUAUAUAUUAAAAAUAAAUUAAACAACAUAUAUAUUUAUACAUAAAUAUAUUGAUGGUUGAUUUUAGUGAUUAAUUUUGAUGUACAAAUAAUAUUUUCGAUAUCAUAAAUAAAUAAACGAAUAAAUAA